GUUUUUCUGGCUUCAACAUCGAACCAUAAUUGAUGAUAAUGAUGACCAAUGAUUUCUACAUGACCAGAAUUCUGCAGCAGCAGAGGAUCAAUAGCCAAUCGAUAUGGAUGAUAAUGAUGUUAUUGUUUCAUCAAGGUUAUAUUUCGAUCGAAUGUUAUGAGAUAUAUGAUCCAAACGAUCAGAUUGCCGAUGAAUCAAUAAUGAGUGUGGAAAAUGGAUUAUCGGUCCAACAUGCAAAAGUAAAUGGUAAUGAUGAUGAUGUUUCACUUGGAUUCGAUUGCCGCAACAAGACCGAAGGAUAUUAUGGCGAUCAGCAUUAUUGCGACAUGUUUCAUUAUUGCAAGCUGGACGGAAAGGGGUUCACAUUUGUUUGUCCAGCCGAUAAUUAUUUCAAUCAGGAAUCGAUUGCUUGCGAACAAAUGUCUGUCCAGCAGAAUGGCUGUCGUCGUAAUCAAUCUACCAGCCUGACCGCGGAUCCUGUUACUGAUUCGUUGCUGUUCAUGUCAAUCAGUUCGACAACUCUGGUACCGCCAACCUAUUCCACAACGACCAUUACGUCUAACGACAAUAACAAAUCCUUGUCCAAUGCUGGCACUAUGAUCGAAUCGGUCAAAUUCAAUGCAACAACAUCAUCUGCUACCUCGAACAAUAGUAAACCAUCGUUUGGAAUUACCAUGGCGCCUCCAAUGCCCACGACGACGAUGCAAACGAUACGAAAACGACCGGCCAUUUUGCCAAUCAAUGAUAAUGACGAUGAUGAUGAUCAACCAUUUUCGCUUGAUCAAAUCGAUAUGUCGGAAUUUAUGUUACCACAACAGUUGUUCGAAUUGCCAUCGAUGAUGAUGCCCACACAACCAUCCAAGGAUUAUCAUCACAGUGAAAAUAAUCAAUCGUUGAUUGAUGAUGCACGACAACGAUUAUCGCAUUCGAUACAUCGAUUUCUGCGAGACAGUGUUCAACUGCCAUCUCAUUAUAUUCGGAUGGUACCCAGAUUUUGGCGACAGCUGCAAUCAUCGUUGCUGCAGCAAACAUCAUCCGCUGACAAUGACAACAGUGAUGACAAUUCAUCAUCGUCGUUGGAUAAGCUUAGCAGUAAUUUGGCGCCGGUUGUGUGGAAAUCGCCGCAUUCAUCAUCCACUCGAUUGCAACAACGAUUCGAAGAAUACAAACCUAGUGCGACGGUGGUCGCUUCAGACAACAAACCACUUUCCACAUUAUCGAUACCGGUAUUGAUACCGAUCAAUUUGACUCGUGAUGACUAUCGUCAAAAUAUGGCCACAAGCUUAUUGCGUCCAAUAGUGAUUCCGUUGAAAGAUCAUGGUAAACUAGUGCCGGCAUACGUUCUGCAAUUCAAUCAACAUCGACUGAAAAAGCGUUCCUCCCUACAAUCGGCAUUGGCUGCCAACAAAUCGGGCAACAACAAGGAUGAUGACAACAAUAAAGCGAACAAUGGCAAAAACAACUCGAAAAAAUUACUUCCCAAACUAGCAUGGCGUUCGGGCAGUUUACUAACCAAUUUGAUACCAUCCAUUCUACGUAAUAAACUUGCCAAAUCGUUGGCCACUAAUAAACAGCCGAAACCAUCGGAAUCUAGCGAUGACAAAAUAGCAAUGGAUUCAUCGCUGAGGAUGGCUGCCGCAUUGGCAAACAAUGCUGCUUGGUCGCCGAUAUCUAUUUAUGGACCAUGGUGGACGCCUGAAUCCUAUGCAUAUCUGCAACAACAAUUGAUAAAAGCAUCCGAAUCAUCUGGUUAUGAUCAAAUCAACAACAAUAAUGAUGGUGGUCCUAUGUCGGCUUCAACAUCGUUCAACAUACCUUCCUCAUAUCACAUGAAAACUGAGAGCAGCGAACAAAUCAACCAUCAAACUCACCGUCCUCCCUCAUCGCAUCAGUCAUCAUCUGCGUCGGCUACGGCUAAGGCAAAACAAUUACUCAAACAAUCCAUCAAAUCCAUCAAAUCAGCAAAUGCAACAUCGGUCAAUAGAAGACCCAAGACAUCGUCCGGUCAUCAGAAACAGGCGACUAUAGCAACAAAUGCCAAUGUCUAUGUGCCGGAUGAAGUUUUCGAUGAUUUUCAAAUAUCGUCAUCGAGUAAUAAAGAUCAUAUGGAGACCGGAUCGUACAGAGGACGUUCGAAUGGUGGCCAUUCGAAACCAAACUUGAACGAUAACAAGGAUCGUGGUAUGAUGAUUGUCAAUUAUGCCAAUGGAACAACGUUGAGAAUUGCAGCCAAAAAACCAAAUGCGGAUGAGGAUCGAAACAAGUCACCGAAUGAACCGGUUGAUCGUUUUACUUCGACCGUAUCGGCAUCAAUGAUGGUAGCUCGAUCACCGUCUAUGGAAACCUCGACGACUACAUCGAAUCGAAAUGGGAGAAUCGAACACUACGAAUCGGAUAUGGCCAACACUGCAUCGAAAUUGAUGACUGAAUCGAGCAGCAAUCAUAGGCGGCGGAUAUGAUUGACUGUUGUGAUCACCAUUUUUCCCACUGUAAAUAUUCAAGAGAGAGAAAGAGAGUUGUCCAAACUAAAGUGUGUCCACUAUCGCAAUAUUCAAUAUUAAUGAUGAGAAUGAUAAAUGUU